CGUUACUGCGGACGCCCCGCGGCCCGCGCCCAACGCCCGGGGGGAGCGCGGGAGCGGCGGGGAGACGGGAGCGGCCGCGCCGCGGCGAGGGAGGCCCGAGUUCCCAACCCACAGAAGUUGAGAGCUGCGGAUUGGAGAAGGAAGGCUCCACCUAACCAGUGUGUGUUGCAGGGGUGUGGAGGGUGGAACUCGGGGUAUACCUUCAAGUUUGCCAUUUGCAGAGUUACUAUUGAGUUUAAGCCCCCAGUUCUGAGCCAUGGCCUCCGCAGUCCUCAGCUCUGUGCUCACAACUGCCUCGCGCUUUGCCCUGCUACAAGUGGACAGCGGCAGUGGCUCUGAUUCUGAGCCUGGGAAAGGCAAAGGCCGGGGUAAUGGGAAGUCUCAAACUCUGGGAAACAAAGCAACCUCAAAUGAGAAGAAACGGGAGAAGAGAAGAAAAAAGAAGGAACAGCAGCAGAGUGAAGCAAACGAGCUCAGGAAUCUUGCUUUCAAGAAAAUUCCCCAGAAAUCCUCCCAUUCCGUUUGCAAUGUUCAACAUGAACUUUCAUUGCCAAACCCAGCACAGAAGGAGUCACGGGAAGAAAACUGGCAAGAGUGGAGACAGAGAGAUGAACAGCUGACCUCUGAAAUGUUUGAAGCUGAUCUUGAGAAGGCCUUGCUGCUGAGUAAGCUGGAGUAUGAAGAGCACAAACAGGAUUAUGAAAAUGCUGAAAAUGCUUCAACUCAGACAAAAGUUAUAAAUAAAAAAGAUAAAAGAAAGAACCACCAUGGAAAGGACAAACCUCUCACGGUGCCCCUCAAAGACUUCCAGGGUGAAGAUCAUAGUAGUAAAAAGGCAGAGGAAUCGAAUUCUGCUCAGACUUUAUCACACGAUGGGGGAUUCUUCAAUAGACUGGAAGAUGAUGUUCAUAAGAUUCUGGUUAGAGAAAAAAGGAGAGAACAACUCACAGAGCACAGCGGAACAGACAGCUCUCCCGCUCCAGAGCACAACCAGGAAGCAGGUCUAAAAGAUGGCAGAAUUGAAAGACUAAAGUUAGAGCUUGAAAGGAAAGACGCAGAAAUUCAGAAGCUCAAAGCUGUCAUCACUCAGUGGGAGGCAAAAUAUAAAGAAGUAAAAGCAAGAAAUGGACAAUUACUGAAAAUGCUUCAGGAGGGAGAGAUGAAAGAUAAGGCCGAGAUACUGCUGCAAGUCGAUGAGUCUCAGAGCAUCAAGAACGAGCUGACGGUCCAGGUUUCUUCACUACAUGCCGCACUGGAACAAGAAAGAUCUAAAGUGAAAGUAUUACAGGCAGAAUUAGCCAAAUACCAGGGAGGCAGGAAGGGGAAAAGGAACUGCGAGUCCGACCAUUGUAGGUGAUCGUGACCUCGGAGGCCAGCACAGAAUACUUUCACACUUUUGCAGAAAUGUGUAUAUUUAAUGCUGUGCGACUGCUAAACUGCAGUUUUUUGUUGAAGGAACUAAAAGCAACUAGUUCACUCAUAGUCUACAAUUUUAUGUUCUUUUGGCUUAAAGUUAAAAGAAAAUACAGAAUACCAGCAGAACUUAUUUCUGUCCAAACUUCUUGUGACUUUAGUUUUUCAUCGUCAAUAAAAUUAAUUUACUCUUCCA